AUGGAUCACAAGGUUUUAAUCUUUGCAGUUUCGUUAUUAGUUGCCUAUCUAGGCUGCGGAGAGGCGCCUUCUCUCAAAAUGACAAAUGCAGUGUGCAAGUCCUAUAACCAAUCGUGGGUGGUUUUCCAUUACUGCCGCCUGAAGGCCUAUUCCCGAACCAAGACCAGCUUGAAUUUAAAUCUUACGUUCACAGAGCCGGCCAAUAAUAUAUCAGUUCAUGUAAAGUCGAUGAAGAAGGCCAAUGGCUACAAGCCCUUUUUGUUUGACUUCACGCUCGACGCCUGCGAAUUCAUGAGAAGGCGGAACCACCCAGUGGCUAAGAUAAUCUGGAACAUGAUCAGGAAUGUAUCCACGGUUAACCACACGUGUCCAUAUACGGGCUUGCAGAUGUUGAGCGAUUUCCACAAUGCUGAAAUUCCUGUUCCACUGCCAUCUGGAGACUAUUUACUUUUGAUAGACUGGUUGUUCGAUGGUAAACCGCAGUUCGCUACGAAUGUAUAUUUCACUUAUGUUGAGGAUUUUUUGCCGACUAACUCAAAACACUGAAGGUGGAGUAUGGAGUUCCCUGACUUUCACAACUGAUGUUAAGUAGCUAUACACAAAUAUACGGAAAUCGUAUCGACACAG